AUGCAGAUGGACAUUUUUGAUAAACUGUUUGUCUUAGUGGGUCCUAAAAUUGAAAAAGAAUACAAUAUAAGGGAACCAAUUCCCUCUCGAACAAGGCUUGAAAUUUGUAUUAGAUAUUUAGCUAGUGGUGAUAGCAUGAAGUCUAUAGGAUAUGCCUUUAGAGUCGCUCCAAACACAGUUUCUAAAAUUGUGCAUGAAACUUGUAAUGAAAUUUGGAAAACAUUAAAAGAUAUAGUUAUGCCUGUACCAAGUACACAAGAAUGGAAAAAGAUAGCGCAAAAUUUUGAAAAACUGUGGAAUUUUCCUCAUUGUUUUGGAGCGAUUGAUGGAAGGCACAUGGUAAUAGAGGCUCCUCCGCAUAGUGGUUCCAUUUAUUUUAAUUAUAAAAAAACUCACAGCAUCAAUUUCACUGGUGUUUCUGAUGCACACUAUCGUUUCAUUUUGAUUGAUGUUGGAGCAGAAGGUCGUCGCAGCGAUGGUGGAGUGUUUGCUGAUAGCAGUAUACAAUCGGGAUUACAUUCAAACACUUUAAAUGUACCUUUGCCUGCUCGUAUAGUUGGUGAAAGGGAGCUGCCAUAUGUUUUGGUUGGCGAUGAAGCGUAUCCUUUAGCACCGUACUUGAUGCGACCUUAUCCAAGAAGAUCAGAUCUUGAUUUAAGAAAAAAGGUGUACAAUUAUCGUCUCAGCAGAGCAAGGCGUGUUAUUGAAAAUGCCUUUGGCAUUUUAGUAGCAAGGUGGAGAAUUUUUCGUAGGCCUAUAAAUACCUCAAUAUUAAAGGCAAAGAAGAUUGUAUUAGCUACAAUAUGUUUACAUAAUUUCAUUAUUACUAACGAAAUGGAAAAGCGUCCUCAGGAAAGACAGUAUUUGUGUUAUAAUGAUUACGACAAGCAGCAAAAAUCAUGCUUGACAACUUUGCCAAAAAGAAUUAGCCAAGAUCUAACUUCACGUAAUUUGGCAACGAUUUACAGGAAUAGAUUCGCUGAUUAUUUUUUCAAUGAAGGUGCAGUAGAAUGGCAAUGGGAGAAAGCUAAAAAUAAUGACUUUUAG